AUGAAAAACCUCAUGAUACUUGAAGCUUUAAAGAGCUAUGGCAUCGAUGAUAUUGUUCCUAUUCCUUAACAUAUAUCAUUAUUAAAUGCAACAUACAAAACUUUGGCAUUAUAUUAAAAGUAUUAUAUAAUAUUGAAUCAGAUUAUUGAAGCCUUUACACCAAAAUAAAUUAUGACUGGAAUACUUGGAUAUUAUUUAGUUACAACAAUGGGUUGUUAUUAGAGAAUUUUAUUAUAUGAAAAAUUUUCGUAAGUUAGACAAACCCUUUAAAAGGCAUAAUCUGAGAUUGAAAGAGUGAUAUCUCAAUUAAUUUUAAUCAAAGUUAUUUAGUUCUGA